UCUACAGUGUUGACUAUAUCUCUGAGCUAAAGGCAUUACAUGUGAACAAUGCAGCUAAACAGCGUGGAAGUGGAACUGCUCGAGAUGUUCAGCUUGCAAAACAAUUGACCACGUUUUCUUGUUUUAAGUGUCUAUAUAUGUUUUUCGUUUACUGCGAUCCAAAUGCCCGGGUUUCUAAUGCUGUAUCCACUUACUCAAGAUCCUUUUUUAUAAAUUGUUUUCAAAGUCGCUUUUUAAAUAUGAGAAUGCUUCCAAUCAUGAAUUCCACAGAUCUCGACUCACUUUUUCAGGUUCCUUCUACCAACACUUCAUCUCUGUCAAUGCGUUUGGAGUCUAAAACCGUGGCCACUUCUGCGACCAUGUUUGCAGUGGGGGUCCUGGGGAACGUCAUCGCCAUCGUGGUCCUCUGCACAUCAAAGAAGGAACAGAAAGAAACCACUUUCUACAGUUUAGUCUGCGGAAUGGCCAUCACGGACCUCCUGGGGACCUGCUUCACCAGUCCUGUAGUCAUCGCUACAUAUGUGAUUAAUCAGUGGCCCGGAGGAGACUUGUUGUGCCAGUUCUUUUCGUUUUCCAUGCUGUUCUUCGGCUCUGCUGGCAUGUCUAUUCUCUGCGCAAUGGCUGUCGAGAGGUACCUAGCCAUAAACCAUGCCUACUUUUACUCCCACUACGUGGACAGAGCUAUGGCUAAAGUGGUGCUGAUGGCCGUCUAUUUAUCCAACGCGGUUCUGUGCGCCAUGCCAAGCUUCGGUUUCGGGAAACAUGUAAGGCACUUUCCAGGCACCUGGUGCUUUUUGGACUGGAGGGCGUCGGAUACCCUUUCUGCCUCCUAUUCUUAUUUGUACGCGGGAUUCAUGGUGUUCCUGAUAGCUGUGACUGUGCUGUGUAACCUGGCUGUCUGCGGCUCGCUGGUGCGUAUGAGCCAGAGAGCACGGCUGGUGAGAGCAGAGGUAUCUGCACAAGGCAGUUCAAGACGCGGGCGCAGGUUUCCCCGGCUCCCCUCAGUUGCUUCAGCCACAGAAGUCCAAAUGUUUUGGCUGCUUAUUUUUAUGACUAUCGUUUUCCUGAUCUGUUCUAUCCCUUUGGUGGUGCAGAUAUUUAUGAACCAGCUCUACGGACCUGCAAACAUCUUAGCUGGGGGAAAGCCUGAUUACCGCAGCGAUCUCAUGGCAAUCCGGUUCGCCUCCUUCAACCCCAUCCUGGACCCCUGGGUUUACAUCCUGUGCCGGAAGAACCUGCUGAUUAAGGGGUGUGAGCGGGUGAAGCGUACAUUGAGCAUCACCAGGGAAGGCCAUGCUCACAAGGUGGGCUGGACAAGCGGGCCGCAAACACCCCCUUCAUACAUCAACAGCAUCAGCACCAGCUACGCCUCCCUGCGGUGCCACGCUGACAGAGACGGCGCCCCGAAACUGACCGAAACUAGGACAAAAUCUUUCACCGACUUCACCACUCAGCAGACCUGGGAUAUAGACAUGUCCAAGGCGAACUUUCAUCCCUUUAGCAUCCACCAGGAUGAGGAUGUGGAUUUUGAGAAAGAUACACCUGUCUCAACCAGUCCAUCACAGGCUAAACCCCUCCUGCGCACCAUCCUCCAGAAGACCCCCACCCCCGAGAGCUACCUAGGCAGGGGCCACUCGCAGUGUGGCGCAGCGGCACAGCAGAACCACGACAGACAGUUUGACAUUGUCACCUGCACUUUCAGCACGCCCACCUCAUGCAUGUCUGAAAAAUCUAUUUGACGGAUUUGCACUAUUAAGAACAAGAAAGUUUACAGGCACACACAAGUGCAAGUUUUGAUAGUUUCUGGAAUGUUAUAUUUGGGAGACCAGACAUGUUUCCUGAUUCAGUACUGUCCCCUCUGAUACCAGCUGCUAUUGAAGUUGAUUCGUGCAAGUAGUUAUUUUUAUUUAUGUGGUGUGGCAUAGCUGGUGAGUACAGAAUUGAAGCACAAUGCAGUCAAAGAACAUUCUCAGCUAUCUCAGCAUGUAUUUGUGCAACACAGUGACACCGUUUCAAUCAAUUCAGUGUUCAUUUCACAUAAACUCAUUGGAUCCUUUUAUUCAAAGGGAUCAGGAAACAAUUUAGUGCUUUUGUAACCAAAGCACUACAAAAUGAAUAUUUAGUGUUGCGAAUGAAAGUCACAUGACAAAGGGAUGUAUGAGCUACAGUUACUAUUUUUCUGAGAGAGAUCUGUGAUCAUUUAAUCUGCAACCUUUUAAAUUUGUGUUUCUGAAUUUCACAUUUGAAUGGAAAGGUUAUGUCCAGGCAUACAGCUGUAGAUUUUGUGAGUACUGCUUCGGGCUGCUUCAGAUUCAUUUGAACAAGGGUCAACAGAGCAAGAGCUGGGCAUUCCAGAGGUAGAAACGUGGGCUCUUAUUGACUUUAUUCAUAGUUUAAGUAUAAACCUUAAAAAGUAAUGACUACGUGAAACAAUAGCACAUGAGAAGACUGGUUUGAAUUUAAGAGAUUACAUGAAGUAUUGAGCAUCUUCUGUUUUUGUGGCUUGACAUGGAAUGAAAAUAAGCUAAUUGUUAAAUGAUGAGUUAAUUGUUAGAGCUUUUGAAGAUGUAUUGAGAUUUGUUGUCAUUUCUUAACUGGUAUUGUAUAGCUGCAGGUGGGGUCAACAAAGCUGAAAGGUCACAAUAGCAUGUGAUUUCAAAGAACCAGAAAGCAAAACACAUGGCAUGCUACUGGAGAAAAAGGAUCAAACAUCUUAAUAUUCGAGCAAUCAUAAACACGUAAGGGACAGAAAGAAAUGUGUCUCUAAAUCCAUUAAUGAUGUGCAUUUAUUGCAUAAGGGGCAAUCAUAAAAUGUGAUUAGCUAUCUCUUCACAUGCUUGCUGUCCUUUUUACCUGCACUGCAUGUUGGGAAAUACUUGAGUGUAAAUAUUAAAGCUAAUAAACUGUGCAGUAUUAUCAUUUAUUGUAUAAUGAUUUUGAUAAGGUGGUAUUUUCAGUUUAAAAACAAACUAGAUUGUACUGGAUGUAUUUUUAUGUGAAAUACUGCUGUGCUUUUAAUGUUGUAAUGCUGUUAAUAUAAAUACAAGAUUGUGAGCCUAACUCGCUAUACCACACCCAGUAGCUUCCCAAAACAGUAACUGGUGCAGCCAGGC